UACACCCAUCAUGGAAUCACAACUCGCACUGACGGGUAAAGACUACACUCUCAUCGUAUCAGAUACAAACGCCGCAAUGUCAAUCAUCAGAAUGAAGGAUGACGAGGACAAGAUGAAGCAACUCGGCGAGCAUCUCGUUAUGGCCUACAACGGUGAAGCAGGUGACACUAUACAGUUUGCUGAGUACGUAGAGAGAAAUCUACGUCUCCAUUCUCUUCGCCAUGACAUCGAGCUUCAGCCAAAAGCCAGUGCAUCCUGGAUACGAAGACAGCUUGCAGACAGCUUAAGAUCGAGGAAACCUUACGCUGUCAAUUUGUUGCUCGGUGGUUGGGAUGUACCAAAGGGUACACCAGAGCUCUACUGGAUUGAUUAUCUCGGUACACUCGCACACGUACCAUACGCAUGUCACGGUUACGCAGCCUUCUUUGCUACAUCUACAUUCGACAGAUAUCACAGGCCAGAUAUGAGCUUAGAAGAAGGGUUGGAAUUGAUGAAGAGAGCAACAAACGAGGUUGAAAAGCGUCUUAUUGUAAAUCCAGGCGGUUGGAAAGCUAGAAUAAUAACUCAGGACGGUGUCAGAGAAGUUAUAUUGUAAAUUUAUGCAUUAUGUCAUUUUUCA